GAUAAAAUGUUGCUAAGCGAUGAUUGAGGAGGCUUUGCUGCAAAAACCUCUAAGACUCAAAAGGUGCACACUGCAGAAAAAAGCCAAGCAAACUUUGUGUCACUUCGAGUCGCACCUGAACUCUUCACUUCACGCAGACCUCUGAAGGCGGAUUUUAUACCGGCUGCUGCAAAAGUUCGCUUGUUUCACGCAGCCCAGGAUUUCUUUCAGUGGGCUGCACUUCAAUCCAUUUCAGCUCACACAAUCCAGUGCAAAGGAUUGUAUCUCCAUCCUAACACCACACAUCCAUUCUACGUGGCAUUUUUUGGGGGGUGCACAUCAGCACUGAUAUAAAAAAAUAAAUAAAAAUGAAACUCCCAUCACCAAACCGACCAAGGGGCGUAUCCCCGCUGCUACUACUGCUGCUGCUGCUGCUAUCGGUCACCCAGUGGGCUGUUUCCAUGGCGAUGCAUCUCAACUCCACGGGGUGGCAGCAGAUGCUGGACAAGUACCUGGAUGAGGAUGGCGACUGGUGGGAGGCCAAGCAGAGGGGGAGGAGGGCCAUCACCGACAGUGACGCCCAGCUUAUACUGGACCUGCACAACAAGCUCCGAGGUCAAGUGUACCCCCAAGCAUCCAACAUGGAGUACAUGGAAUGGGACACAGAGUUGGAGCGCACGGCAGAAGAGUGGGCCGAGACCUGUCUGUGGGAGCACGGUCCUUCGGGCUUGCUGCCACAAAUUGGACAGAAUCUGGGCGCACACUGGGGGAGGUAUCGCCCCCCCACCUCCCAUGUUCAGGCCUGGUAUGAUGAAGUGAAAGACUACUCUUUUCCUUAUCCCCAGGAGUGUAACCCCUACUGCCCAUUCCGAUGCUCCGGCCCCGUUUGCACGCAUUACACCCAGCUGGUGUGGGCCACCAGCAGUCGGGUUGGCUGUGCAGUUAACCUGUGCUACAACAUGAAUGUAUGGGGACAGAUUUGGGCCAAGGCUGUGUACCUGGUGUGCAACUAUUCACCAAAGGGGAACUGGUGGGGCCACGCACCUUACAAACAUGGGGCCCCCUGUUCCGCAUGUCCUCCCACUUAUGGAGGUGGCUGCAAGGACAACCUCUGCUAUAAAGGCCACAAGACCCACCUUCCUCCAGAGGAAACAGAAGAAAACAACUUUAUCGAGCCCGAGGCCCCCCGUACUACACAGAGGAUCCGGCCCCGGGUUUCGAAGCCUGAGACUCCCAGUCAUCCUGCUCCCGCCACCAAACCCCCAACAGAGGACCUGCCAAAGAACGAAGUGGUCAGCACACAGCAGAUGUCUCAGCUUGUGACCUGUGACACCAAGCUUCGAGAUCAGUGUAAAGGAACGACUUGUAAUAGAUAUGAAUGCCCCGCAGGAUGCUUAGAUGCUACAGGGAAAGUAGUUGGGACAGUUUACUAUGAAAUGCAAUCCAGCAUAUGCCGGGCCGGUCUACACGCUGGUGUCAUAGAUAAUGAUGGAGGAUGGAUGGAUGUAAUGAGACAGGGAAGAAAAGACUUUUUCAUUAAGUCUAACAAGAAUGGAGUCCAGUCACUAGGGAAAUACCAGAGUGCUAAUUCAUUCACAGUCUCCAGGGUCACAGUCAAAGCGAUCACCUGUGAGACCACAGUCGCACAACUGUGUCCAUACCAAAGGCCUGCAAAGCAUUGCCCAAGGUUGUACUGCCCAACGAACUGUUUAGAAGAGAACCCAAACAUAUCAAGAGUAAUCGGCACCAGAAUAUACUCUGAUAAAUCCAGUAUUUGCCGCGCGGCGGUUCACGCAGGGGUCAUCGGGGACAACGCGGGCGGUUACAUCGACGUGAUGCCGGCAGACAAGCGGAAACUCUACACUGCCUCUAGCCAAAAUGGCGUCGUCUCAGAAAGUCUGCAGAAUCCUCCUGGCGGGAAGGCGUUUCGGGUGUUCGCCGUGAUUUGAGUGACUCCCGCUUGCACGCAUCGAUAAGAGCGGCGUGCCCGAACAGAGAGCACACUCUGGCUUGUGAAUAGGCGCUGAUCGAAGCCUGUUGUCAAAGUCAACAGCUGAAAUGUUUCUUGCCUUUGCUACACUGGCGGGGCUUCGAAGUUGUCUCCAUGACAGCGUAAACAAACACUUGACACAUCCAUGAGGAGAAGCGGUGUGCACACACCCGCCGCAGAAUUUGGUCAGCAUUUGUGGAAAAUUAUUAGAAACUGUAAAUAUAUGAACGUAUGAAUGGUUUGCUUAUUUUGUUUUGUAUAUAACAUUUGCUUUCUUUUUUGUGCCUUUUUAACAGUAUUACAUAAAAACAAAUCAAAUAUAAAAUAGUUAAUGAAAUAAAAAAUAUAUCAUUAUAGCGGCAUUUAUAUACUUUGACUUGUCCGGCACAUUUUUACUGGUGCUCUCCUAAAGGGUUGUGUCAUAUUUUUGACUUAGUUUUUUAAAUGUACGGGGAACAAAUCUGAAUUCAUCUAUUUUUUUAUGACCACGCGAUUGAUGUAUCACUAUGGUAUAUAAAGAAUGCUGCUAUAUUGUUGUUAUAUAUUUGAAAAUUUCCAGCGCUUUUCCUGCUGGCAGGAAGUACAUUAACCUUUGUGUGUUUACUCAAAACCUAUACAUUUGACAUUAUUUUGUUUGAAUAUUUAAUCCCCGCCCACCCCAAAAGCUGUUUUGAUGUUACACUAUAUCUGUAUCACUGAUUAUGUAGCAGUUAUUGUAUAUUGUGCAGUACUCAUAGACAUAAUGUAUGUAUUUUCAUCUCAUUUAAUUUUACUUGUUGUUUUUCAUAUGGAGUAUAUUUUCCUACCUCAGGUUAUUGGGAAAAAAACUUUUUGCAAUAAAAUCUCUCAACUCUCAA